AUGAUUCUUCGGCUCGUCCCUAGUCUGCUAUUGAUAAAUCUCGGGGCCGCGCAAAUGCUGCCUCCAAGCCUGAACACGCGGACACCCCACGUCCAGCAGGACGCGGUCCUCACGGAGCGCGUGGACGUGGGACAACUCGUCGGAGAUGUGGGCGCAACGGCAGAUUAUUCUGAUUCGUUCAAUUUGAGCGACCCGUGUACGAACGAGAGCUACACCGCAAGCGGAAAUUUCGAGCAGAAUUGCUCGCAAAUCGCCGUAACCUCGACCGAAGAUUAUGAACUCCUGGCGUUCCGGAUCGUCUGCUACCAGUGGCUCAUAGUGUUCAUGUCGAUAGCGAUGGUCGCGUCGAUCGUAACAAAUUUGAUGGUGCUAUUUUCUGCGCGGUACAUACGGAAAGUGACCCCGACGGUAUUUUUCUCAUUGAGUUUGGUCGCGGCCAACGCUUACGCGACCAUAAUUUUCACGCUAUCGAUGACAAUAAACUCCUUCCUGACAACUUUCAUCCGUUGGUCACCGAACGUGUGCUGGGCACUUCUACUGGAAGUCUUCCGCAUGACGGGACUGUCAGCUUCGGCACUCCACCUCCUCGCGCUCGCCAUCAAUCACUACGUCGGCAUCCUCCGACCGCUCCAUUACGCGUCGACGGUCACACGGCGACGAUUGACGCUGGUCAUCAUCGCGUUGUGGGUGGUUCCCUUCAUAAUCUACCUGUUCCUGUUCCUCGAUCGGCCCGAAAACGAUUUCUACCGAAUGGACUGCAACUUCCAAUUCAUGAAGAAGUUGCCCUUCCGCCUAACGGUAUCGUCUCUCUUCUGCGUGCCAUUAAUCAUCAUGACGGUUUUGUACAUACAUAUUUUCAUAACAGUCAAACGUAACCACAGCGGCUUUCUGAUGGGCCAGAAGAACCAAGCCGGGAAUCAGCACAUCAAACGUAAUGUAAAAGCGGUCAUAACAACGUUGCUGAUUCUCGGUACUUAUCUAAUAGGCUACAUGCCGGCGGUCGUUUUCUACGUACUUACCUGCGAUGAGUGUCUUUGUCCGCUUUCGAAGCUCUCCGGUCGCACUGUGACAGUUUUUGGAGUGCUCACCAAUUGUCUGAUUUUCGUGAAAUGCCUGUCGGAUCCCAUCAUUUACACGAUCCGCAUGCCGGAGGUUCGCAACGGACUCCGAAGGAUGUGGCUCACUCGCUGCUGCACGAAGUAUCUACCGGGAACUCAGGGUGGAAGCGACAGGAAGCGAACCAUGACUUCAACGCGUAGCGAUAUGAUUCCAUUGAAUCGUCGGAGCGCUCAUGAUAGGAUCGUCGCCGGGAACUACGAUGAGUCUCCCGCGCAUAAUGGCACCGGCUACAAGCAUUUGCGCGCAAAGACAAGCCUCAACUCGGCCGCGAAGACCGAAACCGCGCUGGCGUGACGCAACUCGUAUGCGACAGAAGAAGACGCAACGAGGAAAUUGACGGAGAACCUCUUCGACGAUUCAUCGACGGAAGUCGAACGACUCGUAUGAGCGCUAACGAGUCUUCUCGGCUGUUCACAAGGAGUUCACAGUCAGCAUCACGGAAAAUGGUGGAUCGAAUGAUCGUGCUUCUUGCCCGUAACCAUAAGUAUGAAUCGUCUCGUGAGCGUAAAGAGAAAAUUAUCGUUCGGAUUUUUGAAAGCGAUAUGUGAUGCUUUCAUGGGCGAUGAAGUGGAAAUAUAUAUGAAUUUGUAUUUAUGUAC